UGGUAAGUCGUAAUUGUUCUUGAACAGCAAGCAAGCAAUUUCAGAAAUGGCGACUCUGUAACCUCAACCUCACGAAACUCAUUCAAGGGUUUUUUUCUUCUUACCUCAAUCUUCAAAAUCUUCUUUGGGAGUUUCUCUGUUAGUACCUUUUAUUUAUUUAUUCAGAUUCUGUUAUAAACCCUAGAGUUUAAUAUGAAAGAAGAAGAAAGUGGGCCGCAAAAUAGAGAGUUAUAUGCAUUGCUUCAUAUAUCUCCAGAAGCUUCUGAUGAAGAAAUUCGAAAAGCUUAUCGUCAAUGGGCUCAAAUCUAUCACCCUGAUAAAUAUCAAGCUCUUGAGAUGAAGGAAAUUGCAACAGAGAAUUUCCAACGAAUAUGUGAAGCUUAUGAAAUUUUAUCGGAUGAGACGAAAAGACAAAUAUAUGACAUAUAUGGUAUGGAAGGGAUUAAUUCUGGUCUGGAACUUGGUACUAAGCUGAACAAAGCUGAAGAGAUCAAGGAAGAACUUGAAAGACUACGUCGUCAGAAAGAACUUCAAAAGGUUGCAGCGCAUCUCCGACCUUCUGGGUCAAUUAUGGCAAAUCUGUCAUUGCCACAGUUUUUAGAGGGUGAUGGCAUUAUGAAAGGGAUGGCUAUGGCUAGUGAAGUCCAGUCUCAGAUUUCCAAAAACAAUGCUGUUGCCAUUGGUGGAAAUCUGGCGGUUAAUGGGAAUGCCGGCGGUGGUGCUGCAUCUAUUGUUUUUAGGCAUCAAAUGUCAUCAGUUUCGUCAAUAGAGUUUAUGGGGUCUAUGGGUUUGAGAGCAUUACUAGGAGUACAGACAACUCGUCAUAUAUCUGUUCACUCUACGGCAACAAUGGGUCUUGCUAUGUCUUUAAGAGAUGGUUCUGUUAAUCUCUCCAACACUUGGACUCGCCAGCUAUCUGAUACCGCUCAUGGAAAUAUACAUCUUUCAUUAGGUCCAGAGUCAUCUAUAGCUGUUGGAUGGCAGAGGAAAGAGCAGAAAAGGUCUGCUUCUGGAGAAAUCAAGCUAGGGACAGGGUCAUUUGGUGCAACGGCUAAUUACACCCACCGCUUCUCCACAAAAUCACAUGGGCGUAUCGCAGCCAGAAUCGGAAGUACGGCACUUGAACUUGAAUUGGGAGGUGGAAGAAAAAUAUCUGAAUUCAGUACCAUUCGGAUGCUGUAUACCGUAGGAAUUCAGGGGAUCUUUUGGAAGUUUGAGUUACAUCGUGGGGGACAAAAGUUGAUUGUUCCUGUAUUGCUUUCUAGGCAUUUGAACCCUAUUUUUGCCACCGGAGCAUUUGUGGUACCGACCUCACUGUAUUUUGUACUGAAGAGAUUUGUUGUGAAACCUUUUUAUCUUAAGCGCGAAAAGCAGAAGGCAUCAGAAAAUAUGGAUAAAACCCUUGUCCAGGUUCAGGAGGCUAGGACGGCUGCUAAGAAAGCUCAACAACUAUUGCAAAAUGUGGCCAAUAGGAAAAGAAGUAGACAGCUUGAAACAGGUGGACUGGUUGUUACAAAAGCACUGUAUGGCAGUCGUAAAGCUCUGAAGAACAGAAAUCAAAUAGAGGAAGUGAAAGAUGAAGUGGCUUCUCAAAUCAUUGAUGUCACUCUACCUUUAAAUUUUCUUGUGAGCGACUCGGGGAAACUAAAGCUGCACGAGGGUGUAAAGAAAUCAGGAAUUAUGGGAUUUUGUGAUCCUUGUCCAGGAGAAUCUAAGCAAUUGUAUGUGGAGUACACCUUUGAUGGUAACAACUUUGAGGUCAUUGUUGACGAUUUGGAUGAGUUGCUUAUACCCCAAGAAUCUCACAGAAUUUGAUGACAA